AUGGAGAACUGCAGUUCCAAUAUCAUGAUUGAUAAGAACAUAGUCACUUCUGAAAUAAUUCUUUACAGCCUGGUCACCUUCUUUGGAAUUAUAUUUAACACAGUUGCCUUGUGGGUGUUCUGCUUCAGACUGCACAAAUGGACAGAGACGAGAGUUUACAUGAUCAACUUAGCCAUAGCAGACUACACGCUGGUCCUUACCUUACCAUUCAUAACGUAUUUUCACUAUCACAGAUGGACCCCUGAUGAACUUUGCACAGUCGUAUUUGCAGUCCAUAGCAUGAACACACCAAUGAGCAUCAGUAACAUCACCUUAAUAGCGUUAGACCGGUACAUAGCCAUCAAACAUCCUCUGAAAGCCAAAGUAAUAAGGUCUCCACAGAAGGCAGCCAUUACCUGCUUAUUUUUUUGGCUCUGUUGUUUGCUUUAUAUGAUCACACUCGUUGUCUCUUUUGAAAAAGAAAAGGCAACAGCAAAAGAAAAGGAAAGGCUUUGCUUUUAUAAAACUUCUGUUAAUUAUUCGAUUCAUAUCCCAAUUAAAUUUAUCAUUUUCUUUUUAUUACCACUGGUAAUUUUGUUGUUUUGUUCCAUACAAAUCAUCCUAUGCCUCAAGAAGAAACCGAACACUAGUCUACAGGAGAAAAAGCUGACCCAGAAAGCAAUUCGUGUGGUCUCAGUGAACAUGGGCACCUUCAUCCUAUGCUUUUUGCCUUUCCACAUAAGCCUGCUGGCUCAGUAUGCACUGGAUAGCUCAGAAACAGAUUGUAACUUGCGCCAAACCAUCAUCAAAACCACACAUGCCACUUCAUUCAUGAUGAAUCUAAACUGCUGCUUGGACGCCAUAUGCUAUUAUUUGGUUGCUAAAGAGUUCCAGGAAGCUGCAUCUGUCUUGCCUCCUUUUAAGUCAAUGCAAUCUAGGUCCAACUGA